ACAGCACACAUGCAUUGAGAAUUGGCUUGCAGUUAUUUAUUAACUUCUGCUUUCGUUGCUUAUCAUUUACAAGCACCCACUUCUGGCUCGGCCGCACUUUGAACCCUGGUCGUCAUAACAGAUGCACGUCCACACUAGUGGAACCGUGCAAUUCGCCACAGACUAGACGAAACAAUGGCCAUGAGCAGUCAGGUCUCAAGCAUUUCUCUGGAGAAUUACAUCAAUCAUUUGAACCCAGCUCAUCUUCCCCGAAUUAUUGAGGUCACGGAAGGAGUUUAUGAUGAAGGCUCUCUUUAUGACUGUUCGACAACGGCUGGUACACUCUCUACAGGAGAUAUCAUAAAGAUCACAGGCAUCUCGUUAUUGAGAGUUUCGGCCACAUUGUGCGACGGCAAUAUGAGAGUCACCCCAAACUCAGAGGUGAAGAUCCCUGCAAGCUACAGCGGAUUAUUUGAGCGUGCCCCUGAUGAUCAUCAAGCCAGAUCACACCACAUGGAUUCCAGAAAUAUGUUCAGUCAAAUGAAGAAAAUGACCCUACAAGAGGCGAUUCAGCAGAAGCAGAGAAGGGUCAUUGUCCGUUACGAUCCGUACAGCACGGAACCCCCAAUUCCAGGACUUCCAAUGAACUUUGAAAACAUCAUUUUGCUAAACCCAGUCUACACUGUCAAGGGCGUUUUGCAGGAGACAGGUAGGAAGUUCAAGUUUCUCUCGAACCUGGACGUGGAGAUAAAAGAUAUAACGGACAUGUGUCAACAAGACUUUAAGAUAGACAUACCUUUCUACUCGUUGAGCGACGUGUACGCAAUGGCAGAAGAGUUCCCACUGCUGGUGGAGGUGUGUGAGAGCUGCAGCAGCAACUUGUCUUUUCGGCAAGGCUACGUCGCAUGCGAAGUAGGCACACAAUUGAGGAUGCACGCUGCCCGCGUCACCACGAAGUUCAUGGCCACGCACACAGUCAACGUGAAGGGGCAAAUGGAAAAGAAACACUCGCAGGAAAAGCAGCAUUUUCUCAUUCCUCCUGAAUACAAGGGGCAAUUUCGCUGUCUGCCACAGAAGUUUGCCUGCCUAUAUAAAAUUAACAUGGAGGACGCGGCAAUGAAAAACAUGCAGUUCAUGGCCACACAAUCCUGGGAAUCAGACAACUCAGAAAUAACGUCCAUCGACAUUGGAGAUCGUUUCGAAGCACUGCAAUGCAUCACAAAACGAAUCGGCGGCCGGGAGAUCAAGGUCUUAAAGGUGCAGCGUCUCCUGGACAACACGACCGUGCAUCUGGCUGACUAUUCCAAUGCCGGCUUCUUGGAGAUCGUGCGGCAGAAAAAGGAGCCCAUGCCGAUCAGCCAGAUUGUGCAGAUGGCUGGCCUCCCCUGCGAAGUCAAGCUUGUCACUGGAGAUGGGAUGCCCGGUGACCCCUUGGUGUCCAUCCAGGGAUCCCUGGUGCUUGAGAAUCAAGUGAUGGACCGCUGCCUGGUUGCAAGUAUAUCCAACGGGCUAGAUCAUGCCAUGCACAGUCCUUUCGAAAUCCCAAUCGAUCGGGUGUCCAUGGCCUUCCGCAUGCAUUCAUACAGGGGGGCCGAGACCGCAGAAACUGUGCUCGUUGAGAAUGUGGUCAACGUGGAGAGGCUGUCCUUCCACAGCUACAAUAGCCUCCUGAUAUACGAAGACACCAGGAUCAUCGAUCGGCCUCCGCCCAUCCCCUGCAGGAAACCGUCCGUGAAGCCACCUAUAAAGAAAUGCCAGAGUACUCCCAAGAAAGUGGAAGCAGGAAUACCAACUGACCAGCAAACAUGUUCUCAAGAGUCUACCCACAGAACAUUGGCAGUUAAACUUUUGGAAGACGAAGACAUACACGAUUAUGAAACAAUCGACGAUGAAGAUUUAAAUAAACUCAGGAACAUCUUUGCUGUGGGAAACACGUACAAUAAAAUAUGAUGUAAUAUUUAGAGUAAAUAGUCCGUGUAUCGUUUAUUUAUAAAGAUUUUAAUAGAGUAAGGUCAAUUUUGUCAAGUGUGACAAAACAAAGCGUAAGGCUUCAAAUCACCUUUUAACCGAGCAUUUUAUGUUUCCAAAUUAGUUAAAUAAACGUUAUCAUAAUGCCCUCUUGCAACUUCUGUACAAUAGAGGUAUCCUAUUGGACAUAAUCGAGUUGGCGAGCGAGCAUAUUAAGGAAGCCUCUGUUUUGUUUGUAAAUUCGACUAUUGAAACAAACAAGCACAAAUGCAAAGUCACUUUUGGUAUCUUUGUGCAUUCACAUUCCAACACACUCACAUUAAUUGCACUGGUAUAAAGCAUAAAGUUACCUUUUUUCUCAUAAAAAAACCAUGCUUUUUUGAAAAUAUUGAAUCACAGUCUUGGCCAAAAAAUAUAUAACAGUCUGUAAAUUGAUCUCUUCAAUAGCGAUUGGUGUAGGGGUUAUAUUUUUGUGAUGUGACGUGCCCUCGGAUGGAGAGAGACAGACACACGGACGGGCUUAAUACGUGUGUUUUCUGGGCAGAACAAUAAGUAGUAUUCCAUCAUC